AUGGUUCCUGCUAAUAAGAGAUACCUUAUUAGGUCACAUAGGCACAUUUCAAAAGAACAGUUGGCUUUUCUUACUACUUUUACUUGUAGUGGCACUAAGCUUGCUGAUAUUCUUAGAGCUAUGAGGAAAGAAGUUAGUGGUGAGGCUCAUUUAGGCUUCAAUAUUUCCGAUGCAUAUGAUGAUGUUUCAAACGAGAAGAAGAAAAUUUUGGAUGGUUGUGAUUCAAAUCAGUUGAUCAGAUGGUUCGCUAUGAGACAAGCUAAUGAAUAUGAUUUUUAUUAUGAUUUUCAACUUAAUGAAAUUAAUCAGUUGACCAAUGUUUUUUGGAGAGAUGGAAGAAUGCGGUCUGAUUAUGAAUCCUUUGGUGAUUUAUUGAUUCAUGAUACAACUUAUCGUACUAAUAAAUACGAUAUGAUUUGUGGGCCUUUUGUUGGAAUGAAUCUUCACACCCAAAAUAUCAUGUUUGGAGUUGGGUUUAUAUUGAAUGAGAAGGGAUGUGUUUCCAAAAUUGAGGCAUCGGUUGUUCUUCUGGCGGAUUACAAUCCAUGGAUAAUAAGGUUAUAUAGUUUGAAGGAGAAAUGGUGUCCUGUAUAUAACAAAGAUUGGUUUUCCGGGGGUGUUUUGUCUUCUCAAAGGAAUGAGACUACAAAUCAUUCUAUUUCUAGGAGGUUGCAUAAAACCAACGGCUUACGUGAAUUUUACAAGUGUUUUUUGGAUGUAAUUGGUGAAUGGAGAAGUAAGGAGAACACUGGAGAUUAUAAUUCUUCUACUGUUUCUGAGUAUAUUAUUGGGCAUCCUACAAAGUAUUUCAUCAGACACAAUGUCAGAUUCAAUGAGCUAGAGAUGGUUGUUGAUUGUACAUGCAAGUCAUUUGGAGAAAUAGGCAUUCUUUGUUCUCAUAUCCUUAGAGUUUUUAUUGUCCAUAAUGUUGAAAAGCUUCCCAAUCGAUACAUUAUGAAGAGAUGGACCAAAGAGGCUAUGAAUAUUAGGAAGGAGAAGGUAGAGAUAAUGAAAUAA